CCUGUUAUGUCGGGUACCAGUUGUCGAGAAACAGUCGGCCUCUAGCUGCGCGCGCCUCUCAAGCAAACGCGUACACCACGCAAAGAAAAAAACAAAAAAACAAAGCUUCAGCUAUCUCUCAGCCUGCAUGUCAUUUUGACGUCACGGCACUGUUACAAAAAUCACUGGCGCGCUUCUCAUUGGUCGAAAUUAAGUUCCGGUUGCCAAAUAUGGAACUAGCUACAUGACAGACUCCAUUCAUGAACGAUAGAGUAUAAGAGGAAGGAUUCAUUCAUGUAGCUAGACUUUACGAGACAACAGUGUACAAGGACUCAAAUGUCAAACGAUUCUUCUCCUUGUAAUGAAAGCGAUAACGACGUAGUGUCGACUGUACCUUAUUGUAAGAGGUCUACAUAAACUGUGUCACGGACGUUCAUUUCUUAAACUUGCUUUCGUCGAGUACCGCUACGUCAGUAUCUAUCUUCUUGAGUCUUCGCGAAAGCUUCGAAGACACACAAAAAGCCGUUAGCAUGAUUAUGGACGGGUUAGACACGCUUUCUCAGGUCGCCUUGAUCAACCAACAGAAUUACCGCGUUAGUUUCGAUAUGCUUAGUCCUUUCAUCACGUCUGAUGAUGAUCAACUCUCGCCCCAGCACGAAAAACCCGAUGAUUCUUCCCGGGAAACUCCGAGUUCAACCACGGCUGCAAUGCCGGAAAGUGCCGACGACAGCCUCAACACACCGGUAUCAACUGGGAACGGUUUUCUGAACUCUUUUUUCCCAUCUGAGGACAUCCUCUCAGAUCCAGUACCCAUUACAGCAGAAGCCACUGUAUCACUACCAGAGAAGCUGGAAGGAGAAAUGUUCUCCACCUCCUGCCAACAACAGAUGACCAACACUAUUACCACCUCUUCGCCCACCCCUCAGGGUGCACCCGCUGGUUCGUGGAUCUGCAGUGACAAGGCAUCAUCGGUGUUUUUACCUUUCUUGAACAUUCCCACACAGGUUUCUUCUCCGGCAUCUUCGGCUGCACCGACACCUCCUGCUCCUUCUGGCAGUGUGCCCUCUCCUGCUCCCUCAUCUCAUUUCUCAGCUUCACCAGCUUCAACGCCUUACGACCCCACUCCCCAAGAAGCUGUAUCCCUAGAACAGAAUUUUGGAUCCCCUGUUGGUCAAGCUGAAUUACUUUUACAAGUGAAUGCCCCACCCCAGUUUGAUCCCACCACUGGGACAUUCCUUAUGAAACAACCACCUGUGUACACCACCCAAGAAAAUGCCCCAACCUCAGAAGGCACUUUGACAACCUUGGUAGCAACUAGCAUCCAACCCUUUGUGGUUCAGCAGAAUUUUGAGGACGAUUUCUUCAGGACGGGGCCAACACCAUUCUCUAAGUAUCAGUGGUCUACUACUUUGCCGGAGUAUGGAACCUUCAGCACUGUUCAACUGACUCCCCCUUUAGUCACAACUGCCAUAGUGCCAAAGCAGGAACCAGGGCAAAUAAUGGACGGAGGAUUUGUGACAACUGCUAACCUCGCUGACUAUAACCAGUCAACCAGCAAGGGCCACGAGAUUCUGAGUCAGGCCUAUCAGAACAGUCCAGCACCCUUGAAGAUAGUACCCAUGAAGCCACGAAAGUACCCCAACAGACCAAGCAAGACGCCUGUCCACGAAAGGCCAUAUGCUUGUCCCAUUGAGGGUUGUGACCGCCGGUUUUCUCGGAGUGAUGAGCUAACCAGACACAUUCGUAUUCACACUGGUCAGAAACCCUUUCAGUGCCGGAUCUGUAUGAGAUCCUUCAGCCGAAGUGAUCAUCUGACCACUCACAUCCGAACCCAUACAGGCGAAAAGCCCUUUUCUUGUGACAUGUGUGGCCGUAAGUUUGCUCGCAGUGAUGAGAAGAAGAGGCAUGCCAAGGUUCACCUGAAACAAAAACAGAGAAAGGAAAACAAAGCCAGUGGUCAAGGCUCCACAGAGUCAGGACCAGGUAGUGGCCUCUUGACUUUGUCAUCACAUGCCUCCAUCUCUAGUCUUGUCCCUGGUAGCUCGUUUUCUCCAGAGUCUGUGAUUACUACAGCUCUACCAUGAGGUUCUUUAAACCAACAAUAUGUUCUCAUGACUCUCAAUUCUUGUUUAGGGUCGAGCCGUCAAAAGAUAGCUCCUCACUCAGGCUCUUCAGGCACCACACCCGUUCCUUCUCCAGCAGGGAAUUCAGUAAACUGAUGGUCAGCGCAUGUUUCGUAACUGGGUCUAAAGAAAGCUUUGCUAGUUUACCAGGGGAGAAUGCUUUUGAUGAAAUGAAACACAAACCUCUUGAAAUUAACAAUCACUCUUAUGAACUGACUCAAGAGGAAGGAACAUCUACGAUUUGUUUAGAUGUCUUAUACGUCAGUGGCCAUAUCAUCCCCUCCUCAAGCCUCAUCCAGUGCCUGAGUUCAUGAACGACCAGAGAUGUCCCCUUUAUGUUUUAAUCCAGUGCUACAGUUGUACUGAUAAGAAAGAACGAUAAUCCCUCCCCGAAAAAACCCAACAACAACAGACGAUGGUUAUAUGUGUGAAAAACAUUCAUUCCAAAAUUACUCUCAGACAUGAAUAUAUAUAUAUAUAUA